AUGGGGUUCAGUAUAAGGUGUCAGGUACCAAUGGAGGCUCAGAAUAGUGUCAGGUACCAAUGUGGGUUCAGUAUAAAGUGUCAGGUGAUCGUUGUGUUGUCCGUCUUCCUCCUUGUGGCCGCUGCCAUGGCCAGCCCCAUGCCCGACCCUGGCUAUGGUGGCUAUGGAGGCUAUGGUGGAGGAUAUGGUGGCUAUGGAGGCGGAUAUGGAUAUGGAGGUGGAUACGGCUAUGGUGGUCGUGGAUAUGGUGGUUACGGCGGUGGUUAUGGAUAUGGACGUUAA